CCUACUAAGACGCAAUGUAUUUGAUUUAUUAGUCAAUAUACUACAAUUUCAAGAUGUUAUCCAAUGUCCAGCCUUGGAUCAAUGAAAUGACCUAUCAGAACAGGACCAGGCAUACGCACAUGUCCCACAAACAAUAUCCAAGGAGCGGGGUUUAUCGGAACGGCCAUUAUUAAUUAAUGUAGUUCUUUGAGUGGACGUCAUCAAUCUGCGUCAUCCUUUCGGAUUAAGUGAAACACUGUUUAUUUCCUAAUCUAUACAUAGUGUAUUUAUAUGUUGUAAAUAAUGUUUCAACUCUUCGCCUCUGCUGUGUCCAUGAUCAUUUCAGUGUUUCAUGAGUAUAAUAAUUCGCAUUCACCAAGUCCUAUGAAAUUUUGUGAUUCUACGCAUUCAUCGGUCAUUGCAUCUGUGUCUUAAGAUCAACCAUGCGACUUCAAUAUUGUAUGGAACCCAAGACACCUCUUGAUGAAAUCGAUCGCAACCUGUUAACAAAUUCAGAUGGGUCUGUGAUUGGCAGCCGCGUAUUCGACGCCAGUCAUCUUAAGCAAGAGUUAUUAACAAUGUCAGACUAUGUACAUGUGAACAGCGGUGCCAAAAAUGUUACAAAUAAAUCACAAAAAUUGAAAUUAGAUUUUGAAUCUGAAAGAGAAAAAUGGACAAUCCCCGACGGGUUGAACUCUUGCGGAUGUAGUUCCCGUGAAAGUUGUUCUCCAGAGUUUGCAGACAGUCGACUAAUGAAGUCAGAUGUUCAUUCUAAUAGUUGUGGGGUGGUAUGUAAGGCAGACGUCUCCAACCGAUUGCCAAUGCAAAGGCAUCGGGCAGCGUCUGAAGACAUGGAAUACAGUUCUGCCGUGUACACCAACUUAAGCUUUCGAACUUUAAGAGACAUUCGUAAUAGUUUGGAAGGAAAGGUGAAACGACUGCGUGAAGAAAAAGAAGAAACGAGCGCCAAAAUUGAACAGGCGCAGAUUGAAGAUAGUGUAAGGCGUGUAGAGAAGCAAAGACUAAGGCAGCAAUUAAAUCUCCAUCGACGUGACCGUCUUAAAAAAAUGAUUCAUGAUCUCCAUAGAAAAUUAGAAAAUCAAAGUAUUCGUCUGCAGUUUUGCUACACUGCUAUUCUUGGCGUUCAGAGGUCAGUCCUCAGGACAACAGACGUCACUCAACGACGCGAAGAAUCUAUUGUAUCCACGGAUUGUAAAGAGGCGCCAUUUUGAAAAAAAAAAUAGUAUACUAAUGAGGAACUUUCGUUCCGAUUUAUGCGAUCAAUGCUUAUUUAGCUGUCGUCUUGAUAUUACCGAACGGGAUCAGUAUGUAUAUGCGAUAGAUGUAGACAGUUACCAUAGUGUUAAUGAAUAGUUAUUAAUUAAAAUGAAUAGUUGGAGAAUGUCAUAAAGAGAACUAUACCCUUACUUUUACUGUUUUUACAGUUAAUACUGUAUAAAAAAAACUGUAGUAUAUCUUACUAAUAGGCCUAUAAGUGAUAGAUAGAGAUUUUCGAUUAUCAGAAGCACGGAUGAUGUUUUAUGCACUAUAUUGGUAGAUCUUUUGUAAGAAAAGUGUUUGUUACAAUAAUUAUUUAUGUUAUUUAGUAGUAGGCUCUAUACAUUUUAUUGCUUCAAUUUUAGCAUACGUUUUGAAGAAUACUGUAAUAACUGGUUUAAUGACAGUUUCCAUAAUAGUCACGUCACAGAUUGUCUGACAGUCACUUGUUGCGUUGAUUGCAUCUAUUCACAAGAUGGACAGUUUAUGAAUACUUAUACAUCAAGUUGGUAGCAUAUUCAAGCUGUUUAAACGGACGCAAUACAUGGGGCUUAUCACUGAAAUGGAAAUAGUUAAAUUAAUUCCUACUAACUUUAUAUAGUUUUUACAGUAAUAUGCUUACUAUAGUAGUAUUUUUUUUUAGCAAAAUGAAGCAGUUUCUCAGAGAAAACGCCACUAUCUGAAAUAGUCGAUAGCUAGAGUUCCUUGCACCUUAAAUUCUGUCUUAGUCUAGCCUACUUAUUUUUAGUAGCAUAAGAUCGCACAGUGUACCAAAGUCGCAUAAAUGGAUAUCGAAUUGUACAUUUGAGGAGUUAACAUGAUAAGUGGAUCUUAGGUAAGCCUAAUGGCUUUUGAGAAAUUUUAAAGAAAGAAUAAAUAUGAAAUGUUUAAGUACCGUGAUACAUUGAUGUAUAAGGUAAAAUCGCUAUAGAUUAAAAAAAAGGCCUAUGCUGGAUCGAUAAAAUAAAUUAUGUUUUUGCAUACUAUACACAAUUUUAAUAAGAUGGAGACAUAGCCUAAAACACAGCCUAGUUUGUGACGUAGAUUUCUACACUUUACUGAACUGAAAUUGAAACCUUACUACAUCGUAAUUUAUUAGUGGGUUCUAACCACAUAUUGAAUAAUCAUAAAGUUACUUUUAUUCAUCUCAUUUUCUGCAGCGAUGGUUCAAAGAUUUGCUGACAAUGGUUGACAGUCCAGGGGUCCAAACCAAGUGUUUUGCCUAUAAGGCCAUCCGUUGGUCCAGGGAUGAAUAGUUUUGUUUGUUUUUGUUUGUUUGUUUAUUGAUAUUUUCCACAUUCAUAACAAAUUAUUCAUAAUCUUCAGUUAAAAAAAAAAAAAAAAAACCCGUUCCGGAAUGGAGAAGGGUGAAGAGGGCGAAGCAAAAGGGUAAAGGGGGGGGGGGGGCGAAGCAAAAGCGAUUAAGGGUGGAUAGUCAUUGUGCUACCAUAAACUACAUAUUGGUCCAUUGCGAUUUCUUGUACAGUGCUUUGCUGUUGGCUAUACAUCACUGUUAUUUGCAUUUUUAAAGAAAAAAAUAUAUAAAAAAGGGUUACCGCUAAGUAUUACAUUGCAUGAAUACAAGGACAUACUGAAGUAGAUGAAAUUAAAUCAAAAUGAUUUAA